AUGGCAAAGCGUUCCGGAAAGAUGACUCUCUGUGAGGGCAAGCACUUCACAGGUCAGAAGCUGGAGGUCUUUGGGGACUGUGACAACUUCCAGGACAGAGGCUUUAUGAACAGGGUGAACUCCACUGUGGAGAGUGGAACCUGGGUCUGUUUCGAUCAUCCUGAUUUUCAGGGUCAGCAGUUCAUCCUGGAACACGGUGAUUACCCUGAAUUCUUCCACUGGAACGGCCACAAUGACCACAUGGGCUCUUGUCGACCUGUGGGCAUGCAUGGAGAACAUUUCAGCAUAGAAAUCUUUGAGGGAUGCAACUUCACGGGCCAGUGCCUGGAGUUCACAGAGGACUGCCCCUUCCUGCAGAGCCGGGGCUGGGCCAAGAGCUGCAUCAACUCCAUCAAGGUGUAUGGGGAUCCAAGGUGGGUCCUCUAUGAGGAGUCCAGCUACUGAGGCCGCAUGUACCUGCUGGAGAGGGGCGACUUCCUCAGCUUCUCGGACUGGGAGGCCCACAGCGCCCGCGUGCAGUCUCGCAGGGUGGUCAACUUCUUCUAG